CAAAUCUUUGACGCGACCCUUUGGAUGCUGCCAGCGCGUCGCGGGUCCAAGGCGGCGCCGCACAAGCAGACCGAUGCGAAGAGCAGCCUCGAUGCCAAGAAGGCGGCGAAGCGGAAGAAGUGGGAGCUACAGACGUACGUGGCCGCGCGCGACUUUACCGGCGCGUUGACGCUCCUCGCCUUUGAAGCCAAGCACGGCAAGAGUAGUAGCCGUCGCACGAACGCGCUCUGGAGCGCGUACUGUCACUUUUACCUCGGCGAGUACGAGCUGGCGUUGCAGCAACUCGACAGUGCGCUCGCCAUGGACGAAGAAGAGACCGAUGCUGAUCACGGCGCCGACGUGCGCGACUACAUUCACUUGCAGCGCGCCUGCUGCUAUCUCUACCUCCAUGAGCUGCCCACGGUGCACGACGUGCUCACGCAGUCGCUGCCGCCGACGCUGCGCCACGAGACCCUCCAAGCGGCACGGUACCGCCUCGAGCUCGUCCUGGCGCAGCGCGAGGACAAGUCGAUGACGGUCGCGUCGCGCCUCGGACAACUCUUGACGGCGAACGUGCGCGACCAGCUCGCUGCCGCGGCCAUUCUCUUCCGCCAGCGCAAUUUUCAAGGCGCCAUGGACAUUUACAAGCGCCUGGCAUCGCGGGAUGAAGGGUACGCGGCGGUCCAGGUCUACCUCGCCAUGUGCUAUUACAACCUCGAGUUCUAUGACGUGUCGCUCGAGAUGCUCAACAACUACCUCUCGCUCGACCCGCACAGCGUUGUGGCGCAGAACCUCCGCGCGUGCAACGUGUACCAUCUCACGGACGGGUUCGUCGCCGAGCAGAGCGUUGCGCUCUCGGCCCACGUGCACAAGACCCACGUGCUUCUCGAGCACAACAUUAUGGCCUUCCGCGACACCGAGUACCGCUUGGCGGUGUGGACGUCGCUCUUUGGUAUCGUUCCGGAAGCGCUCUUGAAUGCCGCCAUCUUCCACCUCAAGCAACGUCAGAUGCGACUGGCGUACCACCUGCUCGAGAGUCUCGAGCCGUCGACGCCGAUCGAGUAUGCGCUCAAAGGGGUCGUGCACAGCUGGAAAGGCCAGAGCGACGGCCAAGGCGGCACCGACGAGCAUUUGUUUCUGGCCGAAAAGUUCUUCGAGACGGUCGGCGCGUCACCGUCCGAAUGCGAUACGAUCCGAGGCCGGCAAUGCAUGGCGUCGUUCUACAUGCUACGCAAGGAGUUUGAGACGGCCGUGACGUACCUCAAGUCGAUAUCCAUGUACCACGUCAAGAACGACGCGUUCAACUGGAACUAUGGCAUGGCACUCGCCGCCAUGGGCUGCUACUCGGAAGCCGAGUCGGUGCUCACGCAGAUCCAGGACCCGGCGUGGAAGCACCGGUACCUCUACUGCGCCUGGCUCGCCCGCUGCCACAUUCGGUCGAUCCAGCAGUCGCACUUGGCGUGGGAGAUAUAUCUCAACAUGCAAGACUCGAACGACGCGCUCGAGCUCCUCAAGCUCAUUGCCCACGAGUUCUACCUCAUGGCCGACUAUUUCUUCGCCGCCAAAGCCUUUGACGUCCUCGAACGCGUGGACCCGGACCCCGAGUACUGGGAGGCCAAGCGCGGGGCGUGCGUAGGGUAUUUCAACAAGUCGGUCACGGGCAAGUGCGACCCGGUCAAGCUCCAGCAAGUGCUCACGAUGCUCGAGAGCUCCAAGCACCACCAAGGCAAAGGCAUUGCACGUACGUUGCGCCAUUGGUGCGAGGCCAAGACGCUCUUACCGCGGUCGUGAUAUAUAUGUAUAAAUUGAUUGCUACAUUCACAAAAUUAAACUAGAUAUACGUAUUAACUUGC